CGGGGCUCUCGACCCAAUUUCUCGCCCGCGCAAAGUUCAAUACCUCGAGUUCAGUCGCCGGUAUUCAAUAUGUCUUCAAUGAUUACCACAUCUACCUGGGUGCCGCGAGGCUUCGCAGCACCUUUCCCGACAAAAUAUAACUUUGAUGAGGCCGAAUUUGAAAGAAUAGCUGAGCUAGCCAAGUUACAGCUAGACGACGCCAACGAAGAUCUCCAAGAGGCGCAAGAAGAGGAGGAAAACGGAACAAAUGAAGAAAAGGAUCUCGAUGUCACAGAAGAACAACCAUCGUCGCAGAACGUUGAUGCGGAAGAAAUCGACAUAGACGACGAGGACUUAAAAAAGUACGAUUUAGAGCACUAUGACGACGAUGAGGAAGACGCCGAGGGCCAGCGAAUGGAUAUGUUUGGAAAUAUCAAGUCCCUAGCGUACUAUGAAUCCAACAAAGACGAUCCCUAUAUCACGAUACCCGACGGCGAAGACGAUGAAGACGACGACAGGGAAGAACUUCAGAUCUUGGCGACGGACAACCUUCUCUUAGCCGCCAAGGUCGAAGACGAGCUUGCGCAUUUGGAAGUCUACGUAUAUGAAGACGAAGCCGACAACCUUUACGUCCACCACGACAUCAUGCUUCCUGCGAUACCCCUUUGCGUUGAAUGGCUAGAUAUUCCCGUCUCGAAGAGCAGCGUGGAGAAGGACUCGAUAGCCAACUUCAUCGCAGUAGGAACAAUGGACCCCGAAAUCGAAAUUUGGGAUUUAGAUACGAUAGACUCUAUGUACCCAAAUGCGAUCUUAGGUCAAGAAAGCAACCCGGAGAAGGCGAGCGGGAAAAAGAAAAAGAAGUCCAAGAAGAGCAACGAUAAUUACCACGUAGACGCAGUCUUAUCUCUCGCCGCCAAUAGAAAACACAGAAAUCUACUCGCCUCAGCUUCAGCCGACAAGACGGUGAAGCUAUGGGAUUUACACACGACAAAGUGCGCCAAGUCAUACACACACCACACAGACAAGGUUUGCUCAUUAGCAUGGCAUUCUGUGGAGUCAACGGUGUUGCUGAGCGGAAGUUAUGAUCGGACGAUUGUCGCGGCGGAUAUGCGGGUUCCCGAAGCCAAGGCUCCGCGAUGGGGCGUGGAAAGCGAUGUUGAGAACGUCAGAUGGGAUCCGCAUGACCCUAACUUUUUCUUCGUGUCGACAGAAAACGGCAUCAUACAUUACCACGAUAUCCGAAACGCGCCUCCGAACCCUUCUGCCAGCAAGCCAGUGUGGACAUUACAGGCACACGACGAGUCAUUGUCGUCUUUCGAUAUUAAUGCGCACAUUCCGGGUUAUAUGGCUACCGGCUCAACGGACAAGACCGUCAAGCUGUGGAAUAUUCAGCCCACGGGUCCUUCCAUGGUGGUGUCGCGCAACUUAGACGUUGGAAAGAUCUUCUCGACAAACUUCGCACCCGAUGCAGAGGUCGCUUUCCGUCUUGCUGUCGCCGGAAGCAAAGGAACCAUGCAUGUGUGGGACACCAGCACGAACGCCGCUGUGCGCCAAGCCUUCGCGCAAAAGAUCUCUACCAAGUUAGACGACAACGCUGAGGAGAGAUUAAUUGGCGUGGAAGAAGCUGAGAGCUCUUCGGACGAUGAUGGAGGUGAGGGUGAAGACGAGAACGGAGAGCCCGAGUCUAUGGAUGAGGAUUAGAGCUUACGGGCGAAAGACGAUGAUGUCUCACGGUCGGAUGCAUCCAAAUUCAACAAUCUAGGUCGG